UUAGGGAGGCUGGGGCAGAAUUGCUUGAACCUGGAAGGCAGAGGUAGGCAGACAAGGGCUUUUUUUUCUAGGGAGCAGCAAACAAGAUUAGAGAGGUGAGAGAAUGGCAAAUGAAGGGUGAAAAAUCAGAUUUUAGAUCAGAGAAUGUUUUAUUGUGAAGUCAGCAUGCUCUUAGAAGAUACAUAAAAUGAGGUUGUAUGUGAACUCAGACUGUGAAUAGUUCAAAGUUCUGGAGCCUGUGAAAAAUUUUAUUCAGACCACUGGUGACAAAUUCAGCUGAUUCUUUUAAUGGGAAAAAGAAGAAAAUGUUCAGAGUUCUUAUCGAAAAGAGGUCCCAGUUCAAGCCCCAUAAGAGGGUUCUUGUGGUUUCUCUCAAGAAAAAAUUUAGGGAGACAUUGACAUUUAGGGAUGUGGCCAUAGAAUUCUCUCUGGAGGAGUGGCAGAGCCUGAACCCUGCUCAGCAGAAUUUAUAUAGAAAUGUGAUGUUAGAGAACUACAGGAACCUGGUCUUCUUGGCAGAUAUUGCUGUCUCCAAGCAAAACCCGAUCACCGGUCUGGAGCAAAAAAAAGAGUCCUGUAAUAUGAAGAGACAUGAGAUGGUGGCCAGACCCACAGCUAUGUGUUCUUCUUUUCCCAAAGACCUUUGGCCGCAGCAAGAUAUAAAAGAUUCUUUUCAACAAGUGAUACUGAGAAGAUAUGGAAAAUGUGGACCUGAGAAUUUACAGUUAAGAAAAGGCUGUGAAAGUGUGGUGGAUGAGUGUAAGGUGCACAAAGUUUAUAAUGGACUCAACCAGUGUUUCACAACUACCCAGAGCAAAAUAUUUCAAUGUGAUCAAUAUGUGAAAGUCUUUCAUAAAUUUUUAAAUUCAAAUAGACAUAAGAUAAGACACACAGGAAAAAAACCUUUCAAAUGUAAAAAAUGUGAUAAAUCAUUUUGCAUGCUUUUACACCUAAGUCAACAUCAAAGAAUUCACAUUAGAGAGAAUUCUUACCAAUGUGAAGAAUGUGGCAAAGCUUUUAAGUGGUUCUCAACCCUUACUAGACACAAGAGAAUUCAUACUGGAGAGAAACCCUUCAAAUGCGAAGAAUGUGGCAAAGCUUUUAAGCAGUCUUCAACCCUUACCACACAUAAGAUAAUUCAUACUGGAGAAAAACCCUUCAAAUGUGAAGAAUGUGGCAAAGCCUUCAACCGGUCCUCACACCUUACUACACAUAAGAUAAUUCAUACUGGAGAGAAACCCUACAAAUGUGAAGAAUGUGGCAAAGCUUUUAACCAGUCUUCAACCCUUACUACACAUAAAUUCAUUCAUGCUGGAGAGAAACCCUACAAAUGUGAAGAAUGUGACAAAGCCUUUAACCGAUUCUCAUACCUUACUAAACAUAAGAUAAUUCAUACUGGAGAGAAAUCUUAUAAAUGUGAAGAAUGUGGCAAAGGCUUUAACUGGUCCUCCACCCUCACUAAACAUAAAAGAAUUCAUACUGGAGAGAAACCCUACAAAUGCAAUGAGUGUGGCAAAGCUUUUAAUGAGUCUUCAAACCUUACCACACAUAAGAUGAUUCAUACCGGAGAGAAACCCUACAAAUGUGAACAGUGUGGCAAAGCCUUUAACCGGUCCCCACAACUUACUGCACAUAAGAUAAUUCAUACUGGAGAGAAACCUUACAAAUGUGAAGAAUGUGGCAAAGCUUUUAGCCAAUCCUCAAUUCUUACUACACACAGGAGAAUUCAUACCGGAGAGAAACCCUACAAAUGUGAAGAAUGUGGCAAAGCUUUUAACCGGUCCUCAAACCUUACUAAACAUAAGAUAAUUCAUACUGGAGAGAAAUCUUACAAAUGUGAAGAAUGUGGUAAAGCCUUUAACCAAUCCUCAACUCUUACUAAACACAGGAAAAUUCAUACUGGAAAGAAACCUUACAACUAUGAAGAAUGUGGCAAUACUUUUAACCAGUCCUUGAACCUUAUUAAACAAAAUAAUUCAUACUGGAGAGGAAGUCUACAAAUGUAAAGAAUGUAGCAAAGCCUUUAACAAGUCCUCAAUUCUUACUAAGUUUUAAAAAAUUUAUACUGUACAGAAAUUCUGUGAGUGUGAAAAACAUGGCAAAGCCUUUAAUAAGCCCUAAAUUCUUAACAGACGUAAGAUAAUUUAUACUAGAAAGAAACGCUACAAACCAGAAAUAUGUGACAAUGCUUUUGACAACACCUCAAACUUUUCUAACCAUAAAAGAGAUUAUCCUGGUGAGAAAUCCUAGAACUCUGAAGAAUGAGACAAGGCCUUUAAAUGGUUGUCAAACUUGAUUUAGGUAAGCUAAUUUAUGCCAGAGAAAAUGCCUCCACGUGUGAACAACGUGGCCAAACUUGUAACCAAUGCUCAUUCCUUAUUGUACAGGAAAGCAUUUAUACUUGAGAUAAAUUUUACAAAUAUAAAGACUGAAAAACCCAUUUUUAUCUUACUCACAUGUUACUCACUCACAUCUCACACCACAUGCUCACAUCUUAACACCAGAGAACUCACACUUAUACUAAAAGCAUUUAUAAGUGCAAUUUCUAUCAAAAGAUUUUUCAGAAAAUACAAGCUUUUGUAGUGAAGAGUAUUUAUUUGAGGAUGAACAUUACAAAUAUAAAGAGGGUUGUAGUGCUUUACUUGCAUCACAGAUUUUAUUUUAGACAUUUUGUUCUAGAGGAAAACUGAAGUAGUUGCUCAAACUUUGUUCUGCAUCAGGGGAUUUAUAUUCAAGAAAAAUUGUGCAGAUGUAUUAGAUUUGGAAAAACUUUCAAAAACUACAGCUUAGAAAAUAACAGAGUUUAUACUAGGAGAUAUUUUUGCAGAUGU